AUGGGCCCUCCGAAGAAACGCUUCAUCCCUUUCUCUAUCGCCACCACCAGAGCCGCCUCCGUCACCCGAUCCUUUUCCCUUUCUAUCAAAGUCCUCACCUUUAACCGGCUCGAAUCCCUCACCCGCUGCCACACCUCCCUUUCCAAUGCCCACUACGACCCCGACCUCCCAGUGCACCUCCACAUCUUCAUCGACCAUUUCCCUAACCAAUCCAAAUCCGACAUCGACCUCAAACUUAAUGAGUCCCUUGGAGUUCUGCGGUUUGUCGACGGGUCUGAGUGGAAAUGGGGUCAAAAGAUCUUUCAUUACAGAACCGCCAAUGUGGGUUUUCAGGCUCAAUGGUUAGAAGCCUGGUGGCCUGCUUCUGAUGAUGAGUUCGCAUUUGUUGUGGAAGAUGAUUUGGAGCUUUCUCCACUAUAUUUUAAGUAUUUGAAAGCUUUGAUCUUGAAUUUUUAUUACAAUGAUUCUAAUUUUAGUCCUUCUGUUUAUGGAGCUUCCCUUCAGCGACCAAGGUUUGUUCCAGGUAAACAUGGGAACAAGAUGCUACUGGAUAGCACCACAGGACUUUUCUUCUACCAACUGGUUGGCACUUGGGGCCAGCUUCUCUUUCCAAAGCCUUGGAAAGAGUUUAGGUUGUGGUAUGAUGAUCACAAGGUGAAAAACAUCAAGCCAUUUCUUGAUGGGAUGGUUACCGCGGGUUGGUACAAAAAGAUGGGAGAAAGAAUAUGGACUCCUUGGUUUAUUAAAUUUAUUCAUUCUCAUGGCUAUUUUAAUAUCUACACGAAGUUUCCAGAUGAGAAAUCACUUGGUGUCUCUCACAGGGAUGUUGAUGUUAACUAUGGAAAAACAGCAGGGCCAGAUUCUCAACUAUUGGAUGCAAAUUCUUUUGAUUCCCAUUUUCGAGAAAUGAAAUCUUUGAUUUCUAUGAAGUGGCCAAGGGAACUGUUCUGCUUGUCAGCCUAUUUGGGGUGUCGGAGACAGUUACUAGAAACCUUCUUUGCCACUUUGAGAGCCAAAAUAUUUGGGAUUACAUUUUCAUCGGCCCUGCAACUGACUUUCUGUUUGAUCUUGCUCGAAGGGCACAUCCCGUGAUUGAUGCAGACCAAUUUAUCAACAGUAUAAGAUCAUCUGAAUCAGUGAGAAUUCAAGAGUCAAAUGAUAAGUUUAUGAAAAAGACUCUAUUGAAGGCUUGUUUUGUCAAAAAAAGUUUAGAAUUUGGUUAUAAUACUUGGGUUUUGGAUGGAGACAUGGUUUUUGUCAAUAAUGACCUGUUUCAUGAGUCUAUUGAUCCGACAGACUUCUAUGCAGGGGAGAGCUUGGACCUUUUCUUUGUCAAGAACUCACCUUCUACUCACAAAAUUUGGACUGAUGCUUUUCUGCAUGAUAUUGCGGCUAUGGUGGUUAAAGCUUCACUACCAAGAGAUGGAAGAAAUUUUGCAUCUGUAAUGACAAAACAAUUGGAACAGAAGGGAAUUAGAUAUAAGCGAAUUGAUGAGAAAAGCCUCGGCGUGAAACUCGGUAACCAAAAUCUCAAUCAAACGUCGGAGACCAAUAAAAAGGUGGUUUACUGGGAUAAAGAGUUGGACAUGAAUUCCAUUCAGAAGCAGCUUCAAGAAAUGAGUCUAUGGGUCUUAGAUAAUGACUAUUCCUGAAGAGCUGUAGUUUGUCACAAGUCAUAACAGUUACAGAAAUUUUCAAAAGCAUUGCAGGGAAUCAGUAGUUCGAGUACGGCAACACAUUUGAUCACUUUUGAUGCAUGUGCUAUGAAUCAAUAUCAUGAUGCUAAAUGAGCUUUAAGAGAUUAUGCCUCGGCUGAAGGGGGUGAGAUUGAACACAUAAGAGUCUCUAGAUUGGAAUGUGUGUGAAUUUUUUAAACUGAGAGAGCUUGGUUUUGAGGAGGCCAAGGCUGUUGGAAUCUAUUUUGAGUUCCCCAAACUCUUUGAAGCAUAUAAUUGCUUCUUCCCGAAUUUGGUUUUACGCUCUUCAUUUCCUAGACCCUUUCUCCUUGCACCAUAUCAUUUAACAAUCUAUUACAUUGAUGCAUGUAUACUUUACUAUGUUGGCAAUUAGACCGGGGUCCAAGACAUUUCGAA